AUGCAAGAAUCAUAAGAGCAAUUAAGCAAUAAUUUUUAAAUAUCUAAUGGAACAAAAGAAAGAGUUGAAGCUGCUAAAUCAUUUAUAGAAUAAAAAUAUUCUAAAUAUAUUUAAAAAGAAAAAGAUAAAAAAGAAAAUUGGAAUUUAUUAAUUUAGAAAAUGUAAAUUCUAAAUUUUACAGAAGAUGAAAAAGAGGCAAUAAAGAAAGAAAUAUUAAUGAGAGAAGCUGAAUAAAUGAGAUAAGCGAGAUAAAAAUUAACUCCAAGUGAUUUCGAGCCUAUAAAGGUUAUUGGAAAAGGUGCAUUUGGAGAAGUUAGACUAUGUCGUUGGAAAGAAAAUAAUAAAGUUGUAGCCAUAAAAAAAAUGAUAAAAAAAGAAAUGGUAAAUAAAAAUUAAGUAGGACAUGUAAGAGCAGAAAGAGAUAUUAUGGCAAGUGCAGAUAAGACUUGGAUAGUAGAUUUGGAAUGCUCUUUUUAAGAUGAAAAUUAUCUUUAUUUAGUAAUGGAGUAUUUACCAGGAGGUGAUUUAAUGUCGCUUUUAAUGAAAAAAGAUAUACUUUUAGAAGAUGAAGCUAAAUUUUAUACUGCGGAAACUUUGCUAGCACUUGACGCCGUACAUAAAAUGAAUUACAUACAUAGAGAUUUAAAACCUGAUAAUAUUUUAAUUGGAAAUGAUGGGCAUAUUAAAUUAACUGAUUUUGGUCUUUGCAAACAUACAGAAAUAAGGCCAAAAAGGCUUGAUAUAGAAAAAAAGAAAGAUGAACCUGAAAAACCUAGUUUAUAAUUAUAAAUAGGAAAAAGAUCAGGUUAUAGAAGAAAUAGAAUAUUAGCAUAUUCAACUGUUGGUACUCCAGAUUAUAUAGCUCCAGAAGUAUUCGGGAAAACGGGAUAUACUGAAACUGUUGAUUGGUGGAGCUUAGGAGUUAUUUUAUAUGAAAUGUUAGUUGGUUAUCCUCCUUUUUUUUCGGAUAAUCCUUCAAGUACAUGCUCAAAGAUAUUAAAUUGGAGAUAAACUUUUUAAAUUCCUUAGGAAGCAAAUUUAUCAGCUGCAGCAAUUGAUUUAUUAAGAAGACUUAUUGCAGAUCCUAAUGAAAGAUUAGGUGUAAAUGGAGUUGAAGAAAUAAAGGUACAUCCAUUUUUUGCUAAAAUUGAUUGGAAAAAUAUUAAAAAAACAAAACCAACAUUUAUACCAGAAUUAAAUAGUGAUGUAGAUACAAAAUAUUGCGAAAACUUUGAAAAUGAAGAACCUUGGAUAUCUUAAGGAGAAAAUUCAAGUUAAAAAAAAUAAAAGUAAAGAAAAGAUGUAAACUUUAUUGGAUAUACGUAUAAAAAAAAUAAUGAUGAUUAAACAAACAUUGUAUAAGAAGUACUUAUAAAUUUAGAUUAUAAAUAAAAAGUUAAUACUUAAGAAGAUAAAAAUGAAGAAUAAGAAGAUUUAUAAUAAGAACAAGAUAAAGAAAUAUAUAAAAAAAAUAAUUAAUAAUUUGGAACUAUUAAAGUUAAUAAAAAAUUUGACAAUAUAAAUUUUGGAGGUCCGAAUAUAAAUCCAAAGUUAGAUUUAUUAUCUGAACAUUCUUAUUUUUGUUUAUCAUCUUUUGAUAAUAAUGAACAUUCUUAUUCUCUUGAAGGAUAAUGUUUUAGCUUAUUUUUUAUUGUUUGA